GAAAUAAAUGAUGACAGUCCAUUCAAAUUUUGGCAAUACUUUGAAAAUAAAUGGUGAAGAGAGCUGCUGAGAAACAGCUAACCAAAGAUGACCAAGAAAAUGAAGAAGAGGAAGAGAAACAAGAAAGCAACAUAUCAUCACGCACAGAGAGCAGCUUUACGAGAGCUUCGGAGGAAGAAAUAGCGAGGAGAAGGGUUAUCAAAGCAAGAAGAUUGCGACCAGCCUUUUCCAGUGAAAACAGUGCAGUAUCUAUGACAAGUGUAGAUGAGUUUCACAGCUCAUCCCAGGAUUCGAGACCACUUGCUUCCAAUCCUUUUGCUUCUGUUUCCCUUGUGCCAACCACCUCAACUUUGUCUCAGAAAGGAGGAGACGAAAGCAUUCAAGAAGAUUCAAAAGGCCAGAGUUCUGGCAGGGAUAAAAGUGAAGUCCAACAGGAAGAAAAACUUGAAAGCACGAAUGGGACUCACGGCAAUCCUACGACAACCGUUCAAAGGGACGAAGGUGUUGACAAAGUUGUUGAAAUCCGUUUCAACGAUACAAAUGAAGAGAAUAAUUCUGCUGUAGAAGAAAAAGUUUCAAAGGAAGCACAAGGAAAGAGUCAUCCUUUUGUACCAAAGAGUUUCGGAGGCUUUUCUGGUGGUGAGAUUCAUAUGGAUCAACUUGUCAAACAAAGCAAAGGUUUACAGUCAUCUACUGAUAGUAAGGAAUUCUUCUGGAAGGAUGCCAAGAAAAUGAGGCCUUCUGGUAAAAGCGACUCUCAAGUUGAAGAGUCGGAGGAUACGGUUGAUGAUGAUGGCGAGAAAAAGUCAUAUGAAGUUCCAAUUGAAACCAAAGAGCCUAUUUUACCGGAGCAAAAGACGGUGACUGGUGAAGAAGAGGAAGAAAAUCUUCUCAGGAUACGUGGUAAGCUAUAUGCGUUGGAGGACAAACAGUGGAAGGAGAAAGGAGUAGGCCAGUUACGUUUCAAUGUUCAACAAGAGGACGACUCUCGAGGUCGAUUUGUGAUGCGAGCAGAAGGGAAUCUCCGUGUACUGUUAAACUUUCCGAUUUACUCAGAGUUUCAAAUAGAUAGAGCUAGUGAGAGAAGUGUGCGGUUCUGUGCUCCUGGAGAAGACGGAAAACCAAAGAGUCUUCUUUUUAGAGCUUUUUCAAAGGAAGAUGCCACAAAACUAGAAACAACUUAUGUAGAAUGGUUAAAAAGGAUCGAACAAAAAUAAUAAUUGAAAUAGAAGAAAAGCCCGCAUCUGAACUUUUGUAGUAAAGGCAUAUCUAACACA